GAGGGCACAGGAACCAAAUUUUCCAGCCUCCCCGCUUUCAGACGACUAUGGCUCCUUGGCCCGAACUGGGAAACCCCCGUGAUCCCAGUAAAUUCAUCGACGGCUCCAUCGGCCAACAACCCAGCAAGCCUGGAAAAGAUGGAGAAAACCCCACCAGAGAUGAGACCAUUGCUUCGGUGAAGAAAAUAGAACUGCUUCCUUCUUACUCCACCAUCGCUUUGAUAGACGAGCCGCCCCCUGAGGAUGACCCAUGGAAUCUGCCGGAGCUUCAGGACACAGGGAUCAAGUGGUCAGAACGAGACACCAAAGGGAAAUUACUUUGCAUCCUCGAAGGCAUCGGGAAGUUGAUUUUCCUGCUGGGCUUUCUCUACUUAUUUGUCUGCUCCUUGGACAUCCUGAGUUCUGCUUUCCAGCUGGUUGGAGGGAAAGCCGCUGGGGAUAUUUUCCGAGAUGGGUCCGUGCUUUCCAACCCGAUCGCCGGCUUGAUGAUAGGCGUGCUGGUGACGGUGAUGGUGCAGAGCUCUAGCACCUCGUCUUCCAUCAUCGUCAGCAUGGUGUCCUCUUCGCUACUGACCGUCAAGGCAGCCAUCCCUAUCAUCAUGGGUGCCAACAUCGGCACCUCCGUCACCAACACAGUGGUGGCCCUCAUGCAGGCUGGAGACCGGAAUGAAUUUAGAAGGGCCUUCGCCGGGGCGACCGUCCACGACUUCUUUAACUGGCUGUCGGUGCUGGUGCUCCUGCCUUUGGAGGCGGCCACCCAUUAUCUCUAUCACCUCACCAGCGCGCUGGUGAACACCUUCCAGAUCCAGAGUGGGGAAGAUGCCCCCGAACUCCUGAAAGUUAUCACGGAUCCUUUCACCAAACUCAUCAUCCAGCUCGAUAAAAAUGUCAUCAACGACAUUGCUACCGGAGAUGAGGCAGCCAGGAACAAGAGCCUGAUAAAGAUCUGGUGCCAAACAUUGAAAAACACGACCGAGCAGAAUGUCACUGUCCCCUUGCAAGACAACUGCACCUCUCCCCAGCUCUGCUGGACAAAUGGAAACGUGACUUGGACCAUCCAGAAUGUGACCGUUAAAGAGAACAUCGCUAAGUGCAAUCACAUCUUUGUGAACGCCAGCCUCCCGGAUCUGGCCGUGGGGCUCAUCCUCCUGGCUUUGUCCUUGCUGGUCCUGUGCACCUGUCUGAUCAUGAUCGUCAAGGUCCUCAACUCCGUUCUCAAGGGGCAAGUCGCCAACGUCAUCAAAAAGACCCUCAACACAGAUUUCCCCUUCCCCUUCGCCUGGGUCACGGGCUACUUGGCCAUCCUGGUGGGAGCGGGGAUGACCUUCAUCGUGCAGAGCAGCUCCGUCUUCACGUCGGCCAUCACCCCUCUGGUUGGUAUCGGCGUGAUCAGCAUAGAGAGAGCCUAUCCACUCACUCUGGGCUCCAACAUCGGCACGACCACCACGGCCAUCCUGGCAGCUCUGGCCAGCCCGGGGAACACUCUGAAGAAUUCACUACAGAUCUCCUUGUGCCACUUUUUCUUCAACAUCUCGGGGAUCCUGCUGUGGUACCCGAUCCCAUUCACCCGCCUGCCCAUCCGGCUGGCCAAGGGCCUGGGGAACAUCACGGCCAAGUACCGCUGGUUCGCCGUCUUCUACCUGAUCGGCUGCUUCUUUGUGGCGCCGUUGGCGGUGUUUGGGCUGUCGCUGGCCGGCUGGCUGGUGCUGGUGGGCGUGGGUGGCCCCAUCGUCCUGCUGUUGCUGCUGGUGGUGGUGCUACGGAUUCUGCAGUCCCGCUGCAGCAACGUCCUGCCCCAGAAGCUGCGGGACUGGGACUUCCUGCCCAAGUGGAUGCACUCGCUGAAGCCCUGGGACAACGUGGUUACCUCCCUAACCGGCUCCUUCCGGAAGUGCUGCUGUUGCUGCCGCAUUUGCUGCACGCUUUGCGGCUGCCCCAUGUGCUGCCGCUGCAGUAAGUGCUGCCGGGACUUGAACGCGGAAGACGAGGAGCCCACCAAGGACAUCCCCAUCGAGGCAUGCGAGGUGUACGAGAACACACUUGCCUUGGCCACCGAGGCCCAGGAAGGGAACCAAGCCCCCGCCCCGGGGACAAAGGCCACCUCCAGCAGCACGGCCUUGUAGGGGCAGCUGGACCAGGGGAGUGGGAGAAGGAAGGGAUGGGAGGGCAGUUUGUUUUCACCGCUGCCCCACUGCUGCCUCCCCGCCUUCUCCCCAGGAGGGUGGACUGCCUGCCUACCUGCUUGCCUGCCUGCCUACCCUUCUUGAAGCAUAGCUGAGCUCAGUGGCCCCAAAACAGCUCCUCUCACCAACUGCCAGGACCUGGACUCCUCCCCCCGCCCUCCAACCUCCAGUCCUCCAGGGUGUUGAUUUGGCCUUGGCCCCUGGAAGCCCUGGACCGGCUAGCUGGGCUGGCAGGCUUAUUAGGGACAUUGGUUGACGCCAACAAUUCCUCCCUCCACGGCAGAUGGCCGUCAGGACCCCAGCCUGGGGGAAAGGAAGCUGACCCGAGGGAGCGUUUUCUCUGACGGACAUUUUAUUUCUUGACAAACAGCAGAGGCCUUGGGUGCCCCAGUGAAGGACCCCUGAAAAUGCCGAGGGGUGGGUGGGGUGGCCGUUCUAAGCUUACAAGGGAGGGAGGAAGGCUGGAACUGCUCUCCCCAGGGCCCAGGUGGCAACGAUAGGCAGCCUUCCCUUUCUGACAGGAAGACCUGGCCCGAGCCCGGUGCGCUGAGGGACCUGGAGUCAAGAGGGCAGGGGCAGGGAGGGAAAUCGAUCCCCUGCAGGAACUGGGUCAGCACGGCUGGGGUUGCCGGUCUUGUUGGGUGUGGAUUUGCGGCGGGAGCUGAGGUCAUCUCAGGGACGUCCCCCUCCCCUGCACCCCAACUUGCUACCGCCCACCCUGAGUCAAACCCCAGGAGUCCCAGGAAGUCUUGAUUUCUUGGCCUCCCACCCCCACCUGCCCCCCGCCUCAUAAUCCUCACUGUCUCUCAGCUUUCGGGUAGGCUGCGGCACAACGGGCGGGACGGUUUUUGCUUUGGGAAGCGAGCUUGCUGAGAUGGCAGAAACACUAUCAGAGACUCAGAAAAACACAGCGGGUUGGCCGGGUCUCGGCCUCCUGCCUCUCAACCGUUUCUUGGUCAGGAGCGGGGCGGGGUCCCCCCCGGGCGGGGAGGCAGCCAGCUUGGGACUCAGCCGAUUCCAGCCACAGGUGGCAUUUUGACGGUUAGUCCAGGCACGCGGAUAUUUCCGUGAACCCAGACUUUAAUCCUCUGGGCCCCAGAAAAGGGGAAAAGCCUUCUGGCUUGCUCUCUAGAAGCCUCCAGGCUCUCAUCACAAACUUAUUUUAUGUUCUCCGAGCUGUACUUCCUGCAGUCUUAGGGUUCGUUGUUUUGCUCUCUUGUUGCUUCAGUGUCUCUGUGUUUUUCCCCCAGCCUGGUCUCUGGACUUUGGGCGCCUGAGAUCAGCCCUUAGGAUUCUGGCCAUGGGCAAUUAACAAGUCUCAUUACGCCAGACCCCACUGGACAUUUUGGGAUCUGGAAGCAUCCCCAUUCGCUGACUCCCUUGCACUGUUUAUUUGUGUGUGUGUUUGUUGAGGGGAGGUGUGGGGAGCUUGUCAAAGCCACUGAGAUUUCAAGUUAAAGAGUUUCAGCGGAAUCCGUAAUCCAUGGGAGCCUCACUGUUCCCGACUGAGGUGUGGAGUGGGGAGUAGAUCUGUGCAGUUGGGUGCAGGCAAUGGGGGUUGGAAGGUGCUUGGGCAAAGACAGGAAGGGCAGAUUGAGUGAGUCGGUGUCUCCGUAGGAGGUGUGUGGGAGUCCUCAGUGGAUGGUGGAGUUUGUCUGCCUCCUGGGACCGGUGUCUCUGUAGGAGGUGUGUGGGAGUCCUCAGUGGAUGGUGGAGUUUGUCUGCCUCCUGGGACCGGUGUCUCCGUAGGAGGUGUGUGGGAGUCCUCAGUGGAUGGUGGAGUUUGUCUGCCUCCUGGGACCGGUGUCUCUGUAGGAGAUGUGUGGGAGUCCUCAGUGGAUAUUGGAGUUUGUCUGCCUCCUGGGACCGCUGUCCAUGCCAAUUGCCAGCUCCCUUGGCCCUGGAGAAAAACAGGCCCUGUUUCCGGCCUGUCCCUGGCUCCGUUGCCUUCCUCAGCCUGUUAUACUUUUAACUCCUCAACGAAGGAAAUCCAGACGCUCUCUCCAUACCUCCUCCUAUUGCUUGUGCCCAGGAGCAACCUCUCUCUUUUCCAUUCCCCUCAAACUCUCCUCUCCCCAUUUUUUCUAGCCCAGAGCUAUGUGGUACUUGCAGAACCCCAUGUUAAAAACUGUGAAGCUACUUAGCCAAAACAGUCGUUUCCCUCACACCAUUCUCACCCCUACUUCGUGUUUAGCUCCCCCCUCCAACUCCCAGCAGAAAGAGGACCCAGCCUUUUUUUUUUUCAGAUCACCCCCUCUUUGCUGGGAUCCCUGCAUCCUGAUAGAUGCCAGGCUGCCCCUGCCCAUGUCCUAACUCCUGGCCCCGUCCUUGCCCCUGCUUCUGCCUCUGCCCGUCGUCCAGUACUUACCACUGCCAAUUCCUCAGCUCCUGCCCUCAUCCUUCCCCUGCCCUGCCCCUUUCUCUGUCCUGCCUCUACCCCUGCCCUACCCCAGCUCCUGCCACUAUUCCUGCCCCCCUCUUCCGGGCAUAGACCGAUUUCUCAAGAGAGCCAUUUAUACUCUGUAUUUAUAGCCCCCCUUACCUGUACAGCAUUUUUCAUAAGUUAUAUAGUAAAUAGCGUGUACGAUCCUUGUUUUAUAUUGCUUCGUUGAAAAGGAAAAUGUAAACGAAAGGGAAACCCUGUAUAUUUUGUAAUAUCUUUUAAACUUGUUAUCUGUGUUUCCACACACUCUGCUCUAUGUACAUAUCUAAGUUAAAGCAACAUCACACGAAACAGCCCUGUUUGCACUAUAGGUAUCUUUCCCCAGAGGAUCAUAAAUCUGAUUCUUGGACACAGUUUGAUUUUUAUACUAGUGAUGAGAGAAACAAUAAACAAAAUACUCCAACCAAAA